CCGCGCCACUUCAGACGCAGCGGCGCGCCGUUCAGGUUCCGGGGCGCCGCCGAGCUCGGCGGAAGGCCGAGCUGGACGGCCGGGAUGGAGGAGGCCGGGGCGGCGGGGGCCACGGCCGGAGAGGCCGAGCUAAACUGGUCCCGCCUCAGCGUGUCCCCCGAGACGCUGGAGUCCGAGCUGGAGGCGCGUGGCGAGGAACGGCGCGGCUCGCGGGAGGCCCUGCUGCGGCUCCUGCUGCCCCAUAACCGUCUGGUGUCGCUGCCGCGGGCGCUGGGCAGCGGCUUCCCGCACCUCCAGCUGCUAGAUGUGAGUGGCAACGCCUUGACGGCGCUAGGACCCGAGCUGCUGGCGCUGAGCGGCCUGCGCACGCUGCUGGCCAGGAACAACCGACUCGGCGGGCCGGGCGCGCUGCCCAAAGGCCUGGCCCAGUCGCCGCUCAGCCGCAGUCUCCAGGUGCUCAAUCUCAGCGGCAACUGUUUCCAGGAGGUGCCCGCUUCAUUGCUGGGGCUGCGAGCGCUGCACACUCUCAGCCUGGGCGGCAACCAGCUACAGAGCAUCCCGGCCGAGAUCGAGAACUUGCAGAGGUUAGAGUGUUUAUAUCUUGGAGGGAACUUUAUCAAAGAAAUUCCACCAGAAUUAGCAAAUCUGCCUUCUCUGAAUUACUUGGUGUUAUGUGACAACAAAAUUCAAAGUGUGCCUCCUCAACUUUCACAGUUGCAUUCACUUCGUUCUCUCAGUCUCCACAAUAACUUGCUGACAUACCUGCCCCGAGAGAUCCUCAACCUAAUUCAUUUGGAAGAGUUGAGCUUACGAGGAAAUCCACUGGUUGUUCGUUUUGUUAGAGAUUUAACCUAUAACCCUCCAACUCUCCUGGAAUUAGCUGCACGGACCAUUAAGAUGCGAAAUAUUUCUUACACUCCAUAUGAUCUUCCUGGGAAUCUUCUUAAAUAUUUGAGUUCAGCCAGCAAUUGCCCAAACCCAAAGUGUGGUGGAGUCUACUUUGACUGUUGUGUCAGACAGAUUAAAUUUGUGGACUUCUGUGGGAAGUACCGCCUCCCGCUGAUGCAUUACUUAUGUUCGCCAGAAUGCUCUUCCCCAUGCAGCUCUGCCUCUCACAGCUCCACGUCCCAGAGUGAGUCUGACUCAGAAGAUGAGGCUGGCAUUGCUGCGCACAGGAUGCAGAAAGUUCUUCUCGGCUGAACAGAAGUGCAGAGUGUCGGGAAAUACUAAAAAACCUUAGAGGUUAUGAAAGAACAUAGAACCUGAUGUUGGUUACCUUUGUUUUGAGUGUCCAUGUAAGAGUGGGUUACAUUAAGGUUCAUCUGCCAUUUAGUAGGAAUAAAUUCAUUUUCCAUUUCUUUUACUAUAACUCACUCUGAAUGGCAGUUGUUGGCUGUAUGCAGUUUCACUCAGUUUUUACAUGAAUCACCCAGCAGAGUGGUACAUUCUGAACACUGUUGUAUUAGGCCUGUAAUUUUCAGUGAUGGAAAGGAAGAAAAAAUGAUCAAAGCUGUAAUUAUUGAUAGGUUGUCAUUGAGUUUUGAUUGAAAGCUAUAUCAUAAUAGGAUUAACUCUUCAUAUAAUUCCCAUUUGUUUAGAUUCAGACCUCUUCGUAUGUACUUACAGAUGGUUACAUAGAACCUAAGCCUUUCUGACCAACCAAGUGGUAAAGUAAGGAAUGUAACUUGUACGUGGAAUAUUUAACUUUUCUGUUCCUUGUUUAUAUGAUUGUUAAUAACUUUAUCCAGCAGUGACUGGAGCAGUGCCUUAAUGUUAGCAAAGUUAUAGAAACUUACUCAAGAAAAAGUGCUUGUGCCAGGUGUGGUGGUGCACGUUUGAAAGCCCAGCACUUGGGAGGCUGAGGCAGGAGGAGGAUUGCUGUGAGUUCAAGGCCAGCCUGAAUUGCACAGUGAAACUGUGUCUCAAAAAGACCAAAGAAAAAAACCAGUGCCAGAGCAUGUACAAACCAGCUUGCAAAACACUUCUUUUCUUUUCCUUUUUUUUUUUUUUUUUGGUGCGAAGGAUUGAACUCAUGACCUCGCGCUUGCCAGGCAGGCGCUUAAGCCACUGAACUAAAUCCUCAGUGUGCAAAACACUUUCAAAUGUAUGUCGACAGAACUAGUACUAGGUUAUCACCUAUUUGACAUCUAGGUUCAUGGCCAUCAUAAUUUCAUGUUUUUGCUUAAAUAGUGAUUCCUUGUGAACAAAUUACUUUUAUACUUAAUGGGAGGCCACAGUCUUGAACAAUCUGUUCAUCAUAAAAUAGAACAUUAGUUUUUAACAGAAAAUUCUAUAAGUUAUAGCUAGGAAAGCUUCUUUAUAUCUUGCUCUAAAUGGGGAAAAAGUUUAGAAUUUUUAAUAAUCAAAUGUGACUCCUGUAAUUAUGUACUAAAUGUGACUUUCCCUAUACUUCAGAAGAAAAUAAUUAACAAGAAAAACAUUACAGUGGAACAAAUAAGUUGGAAACAGGGAUUUUGUGUUUAUGUACAAUAGAACAGUUUCCAAAACUACUUUAAUUAUGCAUGACUUUUUGAAAAUAAAAUACUGAUAAAUAGAAAAAAAUGUAUUACACGUAGGGGAAAAGGAUUCACAGAUUUUUGCCAUUAGAAAUUAUCAAAUUUUUGGCCAGAUGUGGUGGUGCAUGCCUAUAAUCCCAGCACUCAGGUAGUUGAGGCAGGAAGAUUGCUAUGAGUUCAGAGUCCGCCUGGGCUCAGCCUGAACUACAUAGCAAGCCCCUAUCUCAAGGCCUUCUCCCACCAAAAAAGAAAUUAUUAAGUGGUUAUUAAAUAUUUUAAUAUAGACUAAAGAUUUAAUAAUAGUUCAACUUAAUAAAUUUCUGUUAUAAAGUACACAUUAGUAAUCAACCCAUAAUAUGAUGGCUAAUCAGUAAAUGUUACAUAUACAGUAAUAUACAGAUCAGAUUGCAUUAGAGCAUCGGGUGUUAUCAUUUAAAGGGAACACUAUUUCUUAAAAGCCAAUUGUAUAAUACUGGUAUAUAUGUAUGUUAAGUUUUCUCAUAUAAUUUUUAUUGUAGAAGAAAAUAUGGUAUAGAUUAAUUCAGGAUUUGUGUGUUUAUUUGUGUGUAAAUUCAUGAAACAUCAUGAGAGUUUCAUGACUGCAAUUGUGAAACGCUGCUAUAGUGAAUCCCUUCACCUUUACCUUGUUAUAAUGUAGUAAGAUUUAUUUUUUUCUUUUGAUUCAGAAAUUUUCUGCCUAUAUCUAUAGAAAUAGUCUAAUGUAUAUCUGUGUUUAACAGUAAUAAUGCGGGCGAUUAUAUCAUAUAAUAGAAGUAAUAAAGUUUUUGCUUCUUCAGUUGGGCCACAGUAAGCCGGAGACUACACACUAAGUGACUUAGUUAAGAUACAUAAAAUAUUUUCUUGGAAAAUAAUUUAUAGCAGAAACAUAGGACCAGAUUUCUCUGGCUGACAUGUGCCUCUACUUCACUGACCAUCAGCUUAACCUAAGUAAUUCUUAGAAGAAUUAGUCUUUGUAAGUUAACUAGGUGUGUAAAUAGAACACUUAACUUUACAUAGCCUUUCCAGCUUCCUAUAAAGAUGGUAUACUGCUCUAUCUUUUACAGAUGUAAAUAAUUCCAACCAGCCUGUGCCAUAUAGCGUAGGUACAUAUUUUGUGUGUAAUAACAUGUUUAUUAUGAUUGAAAAGUGUAUUAUCCAUAUGUAUCUAUCUUUGUUAAUGUUAAUGAACUCUACCUUUUAGGUGUUUUAUCCUUUUUUAAAAAUCUUUUACCUUACCCUUAACAAUUUCUGAGAUUUUCCUUCUUUUCCUCAUCUUCCCUUUUCUCAUAAAUAGUUAUUAACUAGAAGAUGAGAGAUAAGACACUUCAUCAUCUAGAAAGAAGAUAACCAGUUUCCUAGUCAUAUAGUAGACUGGGGUGUCUAAAAUAGUACUCUGAUUUUUCAGUCAUGUUUGUGUUUAACCACAAUUGUUGAACUUUAAUUGGUUUUUUAAAAAACAGAUUUGUGCAAUAAAUUUUUGAUAUUGUUCCAGUUGGAUGACAGAACUGCUAUAGAAAAAUUGCCUUAAGUAAAGCAUUAAUUUGUGCAGAAUGGAAUUCUUCAGUCCUAGUGUUUGAAAUUGGAAUGAGUGUACCUUGUGUAUUCUUAGUAGUAGUCUUUACGCCUGGAAUCAGUUCUGUCUGCAUAACCAUAACUGCAUAACCAAACUAAGUCCGAGAGAUAGUCCUAGGACUUGAGAAAUAGGAAAACUAGCUUACAUGAAAUUCUGACUCCAUGGUUUCAGGAACUGACCGACAUUCAUUAAGGACCAGCUUGUCAGAGUUUUCAGUGUUCUUUGUAUUUGAGUAGUAGAGAUUGUUUAUAUUUUACUUCUAAAUGUAUAUAGAAGUGUGUGUUAUUCUAGUUUUUCGUUUGUGUUUUGAGACAAGGUCUCCCUCUGCAGUCCAGGCUGGUCUUGAACUUAUUAUGUAGCCCAGGCUGGUCUCAAGCUUGCAGUGAUCUUCCUGCAUCAGCUUUGUGAGUGCUGGGAUUACAGGCAUGUGGCACCAUGCCUGAUUUAAAAUUACUGAUACUUAGGAUUUUAAGGCACCCGACUUGAAAGGAAAGGUUGGCAUUUUAAACUGCCCUUCAAAUUUGGGAAAUUUUUGUUAAUAUAAAUAAAGGCAGCCCACAAUGUAUGACUUGAAUACUGAAAACUAAUUAUAUUCAAUAUUGUAAAUAUUAAGUUCAAAUAAUAGAAAGAACCAGCUGUUUUCUAAAAGUGGUAAAUCUUUUUUCUUUUUGGGGGAGUGUACCAGAGAUUGAACUCAUGACCUCAUGUCAGGCAGGCACUUAUGCCUCUGAGGUAAAUUCCCAACAAUAAAGAAAAUCUUUAAAAGCAACAAAUACAGGAAAGGAAAGUCAACAGCCACCUAGGGAUACCCCUGAGUCAGGAAAUCCCUUUAUAGUAAUAUGAGUUGUUUAAAAAAUGAAGUAAGUAAGUGGCCAACUACCUUCCAAAACCUGUUAUCACUAAAUGUGUUCAGUGCUUGCUAUUGAGGGUGUCCACACCCUCCGGUAAUGGAGGGCUGGUAAGUAAUAGGAUUUUCUCACAGCCAACCUUGCUUUUCCCAAAGGGAGGAAAUAGUAACCCAGAGCUUAGGUUCAACAAGUAAGCCUUAGUUAAUGUUUACCUGUUCAUUAUCCUAAAAGAAAGAAAACAAGCAAAUAGUCCAAAUAAAGUUUGAUCUUUGAAAGCAUUUUAGCAGUAGUGAUUUACAUAUAGAAAAUAAUGGUAUUUUAAAUCUUCAUAUAGCUCAUUAUAAAAAAAAUAUCAAUUACAGUAUGUAUAAUUUGUUUAGCUGAAUUUAGUUAGAAAUACGUAUUUUUGCCUAAAUAAUCCUCUUAUACAGAAGUAGAAAUUUUACUGUAUCCUUAUAAAUAUUACUUCCUGUUUAAUCCAAAGUACUACAUAGUGAGCUUUUAAGUUUUGCUGGGCAUUUAAUCGCAAUAAAGGCUAUUGUAUGGGUUUUUAAGCAACACAACCUGUAAUAAUACAUAGUUCUGAUUCCUUCUGCAUAGAAAAGUCUUCAACUUUCACUUUAUAUAAAAUACUAAAUCUUAGUGAAUUUCAUAUCUGUGAUUUUGUAUUUUCAUUAUUGUCUUGAUUUUUUUUAAAAGAUAGCAUGCGUUCAUUCAUGGUCAAAAAAGUGUGUGCCUUAAGUCCUACUAGACCUAAAGUUUGGGGAACUGUUAUCAUUUAAUAUGUUAUUUUUGACAGCCCUAUGAUCUUUUGCAUAUGACAUGAGGGGUUGUGAUCUUAAGGUGUUCUUUUGCCAGAACAGGACCCAGUGUAUGUGCUUCUGGGGAGAGAACUCCAGUUAAUUUACUAUUGUUACAGGAGGUCAAAACCAUAAAGAUCGGGGUCCCCUGAAAUAAAAUCCAUGAAAAGAUAUAUUUUCUUAUAUAUUAUUUUGUUUUAGGAAACUUGGUGACACCAAAGGUAACAAGCAGGCCCUAAGCGUCUUCAUAUUUAUAGCAUUAUAUGAAGAUUCUGUUACAUGAGGCCUAGCAAGUUUUUGCUACCAUUUUUCUUUAUAACAUAAGUCAAAAGGGGUGAGGGUUAGUGGCUCUAUUCUUUUUAUAUUUUUCUUGAUCCAUAUUUUCUAAGAAUAGAUGUUAAAAUAGCUCACUAACAGUACACAUUAUUUGAACACUCACAGGAUAGUAUCAGUUUAGGUGCUACCAGACUUUUAUUUAGCAUUGAUAAGUCUCAGUAAUGCGUGUAAGGGACAGUAUUCAAUAUAGUGUGCAUUAAAUCUAUUAGUUAACUGAACAGUAUUUUUAUACUGUCAUGCCAGAAAGCCAGGGAAGAAAGGUCAUCUGCAUUGAGCGGAAUAUAUUUUGUACCUUUGGCUGUGAAUAGAAUUGGAUAAAAUUGUUUUAUUCAAAAUUCCAGCUAAAGGAAGAAACUAAGAUAAGGUUCACAUUACUGUUGCCAGUAUUGCAAAAACACUACUCAACUGAUUGUGUUUGCAAUUGAUAUUUGAGAAUUCUGUGACUAAUUUUAAUAUUUGUUAACAUUGAUGUGUGGUGAGAAACGACUAUUAACUUUCACAGUCAUGUUGUGGCAAUCAUGUAGAGACUUGAAGUUGUGUUCCGAACUCAGUUUGUAUUCAUAAGAAACAAAAACAAAAUGGGAGAAAAUUUUAAACCAUUAAGUAUUUUGACUUUUCAUAAAGUUUGAGACUUCGAAGUAUCAACGAAGAAUACUGAAAAUAUAUUGACUUCUUAUUACUAUGUAUGAUCUGGUAUUUUAAUUUUCUGUGUGAAUUAAGUAUCUUUAAAGAUAUAGUUAACUAAAAGUUAAUAGUAAAAGGAAUAAAUGGUAUGAUUCAACAAUUAAACUUUUAUUUUCUAAAUAUAGUUUAUUGUAUCAAAUUUAUAUAUUACCUUAUAAUGGUAAAUGCUCUAAAAAGAAUAUUUAAGCAACUUCAAUUGUAGUACUUCUCCAUCACACCCCAGGACGUAACAGAACAUUGUAAUCUUAUAUGAACCUUGUGUGUAUGUUUUGCCUUAUUACACAUUGUGCCUUAUUUUAUUAAACCAUUUUGUUGAAAUCCAAUUCUGUAUUUUGCAGAAGUAACAGUGUUUUCUUCUUAAUUAACAAUUGAUUUUUUUAAAAAGUCUAAAAUCCUCAUGUUUAUAUUUGCCUGUUACUUAUACGUCAUUGUUAUCUGUUUAUUGAAUUUAUUGAAUACACGAGUCUGUAAAAGAA